AUGACAUCCAUCACAGACCCAGCCAACGCUGACCGCGACACCCCUAACAUUCUCGCUUCCAGCGCAACCCUUCAGCUUGGCAGCUCGAUCUUCAUCGCGGCUCCUUCAUCCAAAGUCUGGGCGGCCCUAACCGACACCUCGACCUGGCCAUCAUGGAACUCGUUCGUCCCGCGCGUCACGAUCCGCUCGCAGCCCGACACACCCUCUGACAAUGACCAAAACGAUACCUCCACACUAUCAUCGGUCCUCCAACUUGGAACCAAGCUGACCUUCCACGUCCGCAUGGACCCGACCUCCUCCAAACCCCAGCCAGCAACAGACGUUCACCUCGUCAUCACCGAGUACGUCUCUCCGGAUGCGGCCAAGGGAACUACGGGGCGCAUCUGCUGGGCGUCGGACUUCGACGCACCGGGCACGAUGAGUCCGUCCUUGUUGAAGGCGGAGCGAGUACACGAACUUAAGGAUGUAGAGAUUACAGAGGGAGAGAAUGUCCUGCGCGGGACGGAGGUUAGAAACUGGGAGUGCCAGGUUGGGUGGCUUGUUUAUAUGGUCAAGUGGAUGUAUGGCAAACAGCUACAUCACAACUUCGAGCUUUGGGUGCAGGAUCUGAAGAACUAUGUGGAGGGGCUGGAUUCAGAGACUUAA